AUGUUAUCAUGUCAGGCAUUUAAAUAUCUUCCCGGUAUCCUCCCCUCCGCCGCUGAGUACCGUCGACUGGAGGCCACCUAUAGCUUGUCUUCUCUGGAAGGUGUGGAGUUUCCUGCACCCGGUUCUAGCAUCUCAUCCCCUCCCCCCGACAAGAUUGGGGUUUUAUUGAAAACCCUAGAUGCUGGGAUCUGCUUCCCUUUGACCGAUUUUCAGGAGGAAGUCUACCAGAAAGAUGGUUGCAGUCUUAAGAUGUUGACUCCCAAUGCAGUUAACAAGAUAGUUGCAUUUGAAAUGAUCUGCAGAGCUAAUGCGUAUCUUCCAGACUACUUCGUCUUCAAGUUUUUCUUCCGAUUCUGUGUUACCAACGACAAAUACACCUUCUCGGUUCGGCGAGGGGGACACGCCUUGGUUCCCAACGGGCGCACCCCAAAAAAUUGGCAGGAAAAAUGGUUGUGGGUGAAUCAGGGUUUGGUUGGGAGUGGUCGUUAUCGUGCCAAUGCUUUCGCUGAUACCAUUCCCAAGCUCUUUCCCCACAACCAGGGUGUCGCCGACUACUUGAAGAGUGUGCAAUGUAAACGAUGCUCUUUUGGUGGUUCUGAGGGUACUCCAGAAAGUGUGGUGGGUCAGGAAAUCAUGCCGGUGGUUGGGAAUGGUAAGGAUGGCAAGGCUGUUGGUGAAGGUGACCGUGGUGCUGAGACAGUUAUUGGUGAUGGUGAUGCUGGUGAGAUAGAAGUGGGUGCUGGAGGGAACGUGGGGGAGGUUGCCCCGGAAUCGUGUGCUACCCCUUCAGGGGUGUUAAAAUUCCUUUGCUUAGUUGGUUUAUGUUUUUAUGCUUUUGGCUUGUAUAACGUUUGA